UUAGUUUAUAUAUUCCUUAAAUUAUGAGUCUAAUCAACACACUUGCCACUGUAUUAGAGUUAUCUGUUCUCCCUGACGAAAUUCAACAUGCUUUACUUGAAUCUGGUUUUACACUAAGGUCAUUUGUAUUAGCCACAGAAGAGGACCUUGUUAAAUUAGGAUUUAGGAUGGCAGAAAGAAGGUUACUGCAGGAAUGGAUUAGGGCUCAAGCGGUUGGUAAUGUCCAGGUUGUUAAUGAAUAUGUUACUCCACAAUGUUUGUUGAGUAUUGGUGAGUCAGUUAAUGCUUCACCCAGAAUAAAUAGCUGCACCACUACUAGUGUAAUCAGUUUCAAGAAUCUGCGAAUUGAUAAUAUUAUAUCAGAGCAGAAGCAGCAGAAUGGGCCUAUUUGUGGUCAGCGAUUGACACAAAAGUUAAAGUCAGGAGAGCUGAUUGAAAAAGCAAAAAUGUUAUUUCUAAUAAAAGUUUGUGGGCGUUACCUGAUGAACAAUUGUGCUCAAAAAGAUAGACCGAAUGCUACUGAGAAGCAGGACUUAUCAAAGUCAAUUAUUGACUGUUUUCCUAUCUUACAUAAUGGAACAGCUAGUGGCUACGGAUACUUCUUUGAUAGAAAAUCAUUUAGUGGUAAGUUAGAAUUCUUUGUUCGAAGCCGGCGAUCUGAUUGUAAUGAUAUAACUACACUAUGGAAACAUUCACCAUCAGAUAGGUAA